AAUGCUCAGUGAAGUCCCAUCUGUGCUCUCUUCAGAAAGUCUUCAGAGGCUAUGCUGGUUGGGAUGCCUCACUGUUGUGUGUGUCCUCUGCGACUCGAAAAGAGCUUUGUUUUGGAUGGGGUGGCUGUGAGCACAAUGGCUCGGGCCUACGGCCUCACGAGGCCCAAGCUGUGGUCCGCAAUUCCACCUUACAAUCCACAACUUGACUACCACACGCGUCGGUACUUCCGAAGCCACGUAGUUCCGCCCGUUUUGCGGAAAACUGACCAGGAUCAUGGAGGUACAGGAAGGGAUGGCUGGAUAGUGGACUAUUACCACAUCUUUGGUCAAGGACAGAGAUAUCUGAACAGGAGAAACUGGGCAGGGGCAGGGCAUUCCCUCCAGCAGGUCAGUGGACAUGAUUACUACAAUGCCAAUCCGAAGAAGAUAACCACGGGCUUGAACGGUCGAUUUGGCUACCGCCGGAACACUCCAGCUCUCCGCCAGCGCCCAUCAGUGUUCGGAGAAGUCACCCCAUUCCCUAUUUUCUGAAGACAUUGCUUCACAGGCCUUGACAUGAAUCUCCAAGCAGAUCUUUAGAUGAACUGUCAAUGCUACUCUAUAUUUUUAAAAGUUACAUUUGUAAAAACUACAAGGAAAACAAAAACAAAAAGUUACA